AUGAAGUUGUCUACGGUCUUAGGCUUUAUAAUCUUUGGGCCUGUCUGUGCUGCGGGCUCUUCUGAUAGACGGCCGCUGUCGUAUGCUCCGAAGCCAGACGGUACUUAUGUGCCCGCGAAAGCUGACGGAGUGAUUACACUCUUGGACUUUGUCAAUUCUAGAAGUGACUUGGCUGAACUGGCCAAAGUCUUGAAUGGAUCAGCAGGUAACAAGACCUCUGAGAGCUUCCUUGAGGCGUUCGACACAACCCCCACGUGGGAGUUCACCUUCUUCGCCCCUUCCAAUGAGGCCUUUGCGAAGCACACCGGGCAGUACUUCAAUAGUUUCACACCGACACCCAAGGGCAAAUGGUGGCUCGGCAAUCUCAUACAGCACCACUACAUCCCCAACACGCAACUCAACAUUGGCGUCUUCAACGAGACAGCGUCGCGGAUACAGGCCGGGUCGUAUCUGUACAUCGGGGCCCAGAUCAAAGACGGCACGUUGUGGCUGAACGACGUAGCAACAGUCACAGAGGGGGACUCGAGGGUCACCAAGGGUACUAUCCACAUCAUCGACCGGAUCCUAGACCCUUCGGCACAGCUUUUCGAAGCUGACCGGCCGAAGGCGGGCCAGAAAUUCAUCCCUGGGAGCUGUUCUGAUACUUCGCUGCCGUACUGCUAG